AGGCGGGGGGGCAGCCGCGGGGGCCGCCGGGAGCGCGGGGGCCGCUGGGCCUUGCGCGCCGGCUGUGGUGGCGAACGGGCGGCGGGCGGCCGUUAACCGCCACCGUCUACCGUCAGGUGCUGCCCGCCGGCAUGAGCAGCGGUGCUCGGACCAGCGGCGGGAGGAGGAGGAGGGCGGCCGCCCUUCUCAGCCCGCCGUCCUCCGCCAGCUCCGAGGGCGAGGAGCCCCUCAGCCCCUCCGGCUGCUCCCCGCUCUCCUCCGCGUCCCGCCCCAGCUCCCCGAGCGGCGAGGAGGAGGAGGAGGAGGAGGAGCGGGCGGCGGCCUCCCGGAGCCGGCGAGGCGAUAGGAGGGCUGAAGACUCUGAAAUAUCAGGGGGGGAAAAAGAGUCACCUUUGAAACAUAAUCUUUCACCAUGGGAAGAAUGGUUCAUUGGCAAAGAGAAGGAACUACGUGCCCGCUUACAAGCCAGAGCUGCAGAGGAAAUGAAUAUACAGCUAGAGAAGAUGAAGCAAAAGCAGGAAUGUGAAAGGAGGAAAAGGAUAGCUGAAGAGAAGCACAAGGAAUGGGUCCAAAAAAAGAAAGAAGAGGAAAGAAGGGAAAGGGAACGAAAGCUGAGCAAAGAAAUGGCAGAAAAAGCCACAAAGGAACUAGAAAAAAUGCAGUUACAAGAAAAGGCCGAAGUAAAGUAUCAAGAAUGGUUAAAGAAGAAGAGAGCUGAAGAGGUAGAAAAGAAGAAGAAAGAGAAGGAAAAAGAAAAAGAAAGGGAAGCUGAGCUACAUGAGAAGAAAGCAAGAUCAGAGAAGAUGUUUAAGGAAUGGCUACAUAAUGCUAGAAAUAAACCACGCCCUGUUUUAAAUGGCUAUGGCUUCCCACAUGGGAAGUCUGCAGGUUUGUACUUCGACUACACAUAUGUAGUGACUUAGGUUUGUGGUUCCUUC